GACCUGAACAUGUAGAACAUGACUGUGUUUGUUUAGAUGCUGCUCCUCAACAGAGCAAUCGAGGAACUGGAGAAGGAAAAGCUGGAAAAAGAGGAGGAGAAAGAACGCUACCUGAGCGAGAAAUUGAUUCCACUACAGCUCUCUGGGCUCUCAAUGGAUCAGUUACAGGUGAUGUGUAAAGAGCUUUAUUCAAAGAUCACCAUUGUGGAUGAAGAGCGGUAUGACUACGAGUCUAAAUGGGCUAAACACAAUAAUGAUAUUCAUGAGCUGAAGCUAAAGGUUCAGGACCUGGGUGGUAAAUUUAAGAAGCCGGCCCUGAGGAAGGUCAGAGUCUCCGCUGAUGAGAUGAUGCGAGCUCUGCUGGGCUCCAAGCACAAGGGCUCCAUGGACCUUCGAGCAAACCUCAAGUCUGUCAAGAAAGAGGAUAUCAAACAAGAGAAGGUCCUCACUACGGAGGUAGGCGACUGGCGUAAGAACGUGGAGGCCAUGUCUGGUAUGGAAGGCAGGAAGAAGAUGUUUGAUGCUGCUGGUGGAGGCCAGUAA